GCGGCGGCACCGGCCGCACUCAGGGCCCGACCGUGCCCGGGAGCAGCCGGAGCCGCCGACCCCGGCCCCGACCCCGGCCCCGCCAUGGCGCGGCGCUGCCCGGUGCUGCCCCUCGCCCUCCUCGGGCUCGGCAUCGCCCUGGCCCGGCCCGCGGCGGCGGCCCCAGGAGAUCCCGUGGACGUGCUGAAGAUCCUCCAGCUCCAUUCCCUGCCCGAAGGCGUCAAGAAAGUGCCGGGUUUCUGCUCCCAACGCGGCGCCGGCUCCGACGUCGCCUACCGGAUAACGCGGCAGGCGCAGCUCAGCGCGCCCACCCGGCAGCUCUUCGCCGGUAAAUUCCCGGAGGAUUUCUCCAUCAUGGCCUUGGUGAAAGCCAAACCCGGCAUCCAGGCGUUCCUCCUCUCCAUCUACAACCAGGACGGCGUCCAGCAGCUGGGCGUGGAGCUCGGCCGCUCGCCCGUCUUCCUCUACGAGGACCAACACGGCCGCCCGGCCCCCGAGGAUUACCCCCUUUUUCGGGGCGUCGAUCUGGCCGACGGCAAGUGGCACCGGGUGGCCCUGAGCGUCAGCCGGCGCUCGGUGACGCUGCUGGUGGACUGUGGGCGGCGGGAGACGCGACCCCUUCCCCGCAGCGCCCGGCCCCUCCUCGACACCCGCGGCAUCACCGUCUUCGGCACCCGCAUCCUCGAUGAGGAGGUUUUCCAGGGUGACAUCCAACAGCUGCUCAUCGCCGCUGACCCACAAGCGGCGUUCGACUACUGCGAGCACUACGGCCCCGGCUGCGCCGCCGCGGCGGCCGGCGGCCCCCAGGCCCAGGAACCCCCCCGGCAGCGGCAGCAGAGCCCCCCCGGCCCCAGCCCCAAGGGCCCCCCCAAGGUCGGCACCCCGAAAAAACAGCGGACGAUGAACACGGCACCCGCCUACGGGAAACCCCCCGGGAAGCAUCCCGGGAACGGGGGUCCCCCCGCAAACAGCGAGAUGGGGCUGAGCCCCCCCCCCCGCAACGGGGCCAGGAGCCAAGGCAACAGCUACCAGCAGGAUGGGGGGCUGCCCCCCACGGAGGACCCCUGGGGGGCCACCGCGUACCCCGAUUACACCCCGGGACCCCCCCGGGACCCCGACGGUGCCUCCUGGGAGGAGACGGGGCCGGCGCAGGAGGAUGAGGAGGAGGAUGGGGGUCCCGGCCGGGCGUAUGAGUACGUCUAUACGGACCACCCCGAGGAGCUGGGUGCUGUGCGCGGCGUCAGGGGCUACAAGGGCGAGAAGGGCGAGCCCGCUGUCCUCGAACCGGGCAUGUUGGUGGAGGGUCCCCCCGGUCCCGAGGGACCUGCGGGCAUGUCGGGACCACCGGGGACGCAGGGACCCCCAGGAGCCCCGGGAGAGCCCGGCGAGAGGGGCCCCCCCGGCCGUGCUGGUCUCCCCGGCUCCGACGGGACCCCCGGACCCCCCGGCACCUCCAUGAUGCUGCCGUUCCGCUUCGGGAGCAGCGGCGGUGACAAGGGGCCGGUGGUAGCGGCGCAGGAGUUGCAGGCUCAGGCCAUCCUGCAGCAAGCCCGGCUGGCCCUGCGGGGCCCCCCCGGACCCAUGGGGUACACCGGCCGCCCCGGACCCAUGGGGCAGCCUGGCAGCACCGGCAUGAAGGGGGAGUCUGGAGACUUCGGCCCCCAGGGUCCCCGAGGUCCUCAGGGCCUGACCGGACCCCCGGGAAAGCCUGGCCGGAGGGGCCGACCGGGGGCUGACGGCGCGCGGGGGAUGCCCGGUGAUCCCGGCGUUAAGGGUGACCGUGGCUUCGACGGGCUGCCGGGGCUGCCGGGUGACAAAGGCCACCGGGGUGAAACCGGCUCGCAGGGGAUGCCGGGACCCCCCGGUGAGGAUGGCGAGAGGGGUGACGAUGGAGAGGUGGGACCCCGAGGACUCCCCGGAGAAGCGGGACCCAGAGGUUUGCUCGGCCCCAAAGGGCCCCCCGGAAUCCCUGGCCCCCCGGGCGUGCGUGGCAUGGACGGUCCCGUGGGUCCCAAGGGGAACCUGGGGCCACAAGGGGAGCCAGGACCCCCCGGGCAGCAGGGGACCCCAGGAACCCAGGGUCUCCCGGGACCACAAGGCGCCAUGGGACCUCCUGGAGAGAAGGGUCCCCAAGGGAAACCCGGCUUGCCCGGCAUGCCUGGCUCCGACGGACCCCCCGGUCACCCCGGGAAGGAGGGACCCCCCGGCACCAAGGGCAACCAGGGCCCGUCGGGCCCCCAGGGACCCAUCGGCUACCCCGGCCCUCGCGGAGUGAAGGGAGUGGAUGGCAUCCGGGGGCUGAAAGGACACAAGGGUGAGAAGGGCGAGGAAGGCUUCCCCGGCUUCAAGGGGGACAUGGGUGUGAAAGGAGACCGGGGCGAGGUCGGCGCGCCGGGCUCCCGGGGCGAGGACGGACCCGAAGGUCCCAAGGGACGGACAGGACCCACCGGUGACCCCGGUCCCAUCGGGGUGGUCGGAGAGAAGGGGAAGCUGGGAGUGCCAGGCCUGCCCGGCUACCCAGGACGUCAGGGUCCCAAGGGAUCGCAGGGUUUCCCCGGAUUCCCCGGCAGCAACGGCGAGAAGGGCGCGCGGGGUCUGUCCGGCAAAUCGGGGCCCAGGGGUGAGCGUGGCCCCACGGGUCCCAGGGGCCAGCGGGGACCACGAGGAGCCACCGGAAAGUCAGGGGCGAAGGGCACGUCUGGCAGCGACGGCCCCCACGGCCCCCCGGGUGAGCGGGGCCUGCCAGGACCCCAGGGACCCAACGGCUUCCCGGGACCCAAAGGACCCCCUGGCCCCCCCGGCAAGGACGGGCUCCCCGGGCACCCGGGGCAGCGAGGAGAAGUCGGCUUCCAAGGCAAGACCGGCCCCCCCGGCCCCCCCGGGGUGGUGGGACCUCAGGGAGCCGCUGGCGAGUCCGGCCCCAUGGGGGAGAGGGGCCACCCCGGCCCCCCCGGCCCCCCGGGAGAACAAGGGCUACCAGGACCAUCCGGCAAGGAGGGCACCAAGGGAGACCCCGGCCCCACCGGCUCCCCUGGGAAGGACGGUCCUGCCGGAUUGCGGGGUUUCCCCGGUGAGCGGGGUCUGCCCGGGACCCCGGGCGGCCCAGGGCUGAAGGGCAAUGAGGGACCGGCGGGACCCCCAGGACCUGCAGGCUCCCCUGGGGAGAGAGGUGGCCCAGGGCAAGGUGGUCCCGUUGGCCCCCCAGGACGACCCGGACCACAGGGACCACCGGGCCCUGCCGGAGAGAAAGGCGUUCCCGGUGAGAAGGGCCCCAUGGGUCCUGCUGGCCGGGAUGGCGUUCAGGGUCCUGUGGGUUUGCCUGGCCCAGCCGGCCCCCCCGGUGGCCCUGGGGAGGACGGUGACAAGGGCGAGGUGGGCGAGCCGGGACAGAAAGGCACCAAAGGCAACAAGGGCGAGCACGGUCCUCCUGGUCCCCCCGGGCCCAUCGGGUCAGUCGGGCAGCCCGGAGCCGCCGGCGCCGACGGGGAACCGGGUGCCAGAGGUCCCCAGGGACAUUUCGGGGCCAAAGGCGACGAGGGGACGCGGGGCUUCAAUGGCCCCCCCGGCCCCAUUGGGCUCCAGGGUUUGCCGGGUCCAGCCGGUGAGAAGGGUGAAACGGGUGACGUGGGCCCCAUGGGCCCACCUGGCCCCCCAGGUCCCCGUGGCCCAGCUGGACCCUCUGGAGCUGAUGGACCCCAGGGACCCCCCGGAGGCGUUGGGAACCUGGGACCUCCUGGUGAGAAGGGGGACCCCGGUGAAUCAGGGGCCCCAGGAAUCCAAGGGGAGCCAGGAGUCAAGGGCCCACGAGGAGAGCGAGGGGAGAAGGGAGAAGCCGGAGCUGCCGGUGCUGCCGGGCCACCUGGAGGGAAGGGCCCCCCCGGAGAUGACGGGCCCAAGGGCAACCCCGGUCCCGUUGGCUUUCCAGGUGAUCCCGGACCCCCAGGUGAAAUGGGUCCCAGGGGCCAGGAUGGUGCUAAGGGCGAGCGUGGGGAGGAUGGCGAGCCCGGGGAGCCGGGCUCGCCGGGUCCGACAGGAGAGAAUGGUCCUCCUGGUCCCCUGGGGAAGAGGGGCCCAGCCGGCUCCCCCGGCCCCGAGGGGCGUCAGGGCGAGAAGGGCGCAAAGGGAGAACCGGGCGCAGUGGGUGCUCCUGGCAAGACGGGUCCUGUGGGUCCCCAGGGCCUUGCUGGGAAGCAGGGCCCCGACGGUCUCAGAGGUCUACCUGGCUCGGUGGGAGAACAAGGCAAACCAGGCACCACAGGCCAGGCUGGGCCACCAGGACCAGUGGGACCCCCAGGUCUCCCCGGCCUUAAAGGUGACACCGGUGCCAAAGGAGAGAAGGGUCACCCUGGUCUCAUCGGCCUGAUCGGACCCCCAGGGGAGCAGGGGGAGAAGGGAGACCGAGGUCUCCCCGGCCCCCAGGGAUCUACGGGGCAGAAAGGAGAAACUGGGAUCCCUGGUGCUGCUGGACCCAUCGGCCCUGCCGGACCCCCCGGACUUCCCGGCCCAGCUGGUCCCAAAGGUGCCAAGGGAGCCAUGGGCCAAGCAGGACCCAAAGGUGAACGUGGACCCCCGGGACCCCCUGGACACCCGGGUCCCCCCGGGGAGGUGAUCCAGCCCCUGCCAAUCCAGCUGCCCAAGAAGAGCAAGCGCUCUAUUGACGCCAGCAAGCUGGUGGAUGAAGAGGAGGGUGAGGAUGGAGAGAGAGCGGCCGCUGACCAGGCGCCUCGUGACUACGCCGACGGCAUGGAGGAGAUCUUCGGCUCCCUCAACUCCCUCAAGCAGGAGAUUGAGGGGCUGCGGCGCCCGAUGGGCACCCGGGACAACCCUGCCCGCACCUGCCAGGACCUGCAGCUCAGCCACCCGGGCCUGCCUGACGGCGAGUACUGGAUUGACCCCAACCAGGGCUGCGCUCGAGACUCUUUCAAGGUUUACUGCAACUUCACGGCAGGCGGGGAGACCUGCGUCUUUCCCAGCAAGGACGUCCAGCGGGUGAAGACGUCAGCGUGGGAGAAGGAGGCGCCCCAGCGGUGGUUCAGCCAGUUCCAGGAGGGCAGCAGGUUCUCCUACACGGACUCGGAAAGCCAGCCCCUCGGCGUGGUGCAGCUGACCUUCCUACGGCUCCUCAGCGUCUCUGCCCGCCAAAACUUCACCUACCACUGCCACCGCUCGGUGGCCUGGCACAGCGCCGCCUCUGGGGACUACCAGCGUGCCCUCCGCUUCCUGGCUGCCAACGAGGAGGAGCUCAGCUACGACACGAGCCCCUACAUCAAGGCUGUGAUGGACGGCUGCGCGACACGACAGGGCUCCAGCCGGACAGUGCUAGAGGUGAGCACGCCCCGCCUGGAGCAGCUCCCGCUGCUGGACAUGCGCGUCAUGGACUUUGGCGAGCCCGGCCAGAGGUUCGGGUUCGAGGUGGGCCCAGUCUGUUUCCUCGGCUAGGACCAAACCGUCACCCUCCCUGCCACACCCUGGCCUCCAGUGGGGCAAACCUUGCCUCCUCCCGUCCCCCCACCGCCUUCCAGCGGUGAAGCAGCAGGACCCGCCUCCCCCUUGCACCACAUCACCCACCCGCUGCUGCAAGGAGCCGAGGUGCCAGCCCUGCUCACGCGCACCGAGACCGCCGUGCCGCCGCUGCCGUCCCCACGGGGGCCAGGGUCUGGAGAGAUGCCAAAGAGACUUUAAUGCUUAGAAUAAAUCUAUAUUUUAAUAUGUAGAGAGACAGAGAGGAAAAUUUUUAACGGAUCCACUGGCUACCUCCCUUGGCGCCCAGCAGUGCUCCCUUCCUCCCAGAUCUCCCUCCGAAUCACAGUGCUCUUUCCCAGCAUUCCCAGGGCUUAUUUUCCAUGUGCCCCCUCCCUGGCCCCACCACCCCAGGGGGGAGCCCCUCGAGGAGUGCAUCCACCAAGCAGAAGGAGCGGUACUCGGGUUUGCUCUCUGCCUGGAGAGCCAAAGGGUUUCAAAGCCCAACGCGGCGAGCAAGCCCGGGACAACGCUGGUGUCAAGCACCGCUAGCAUGUGUUUGGGAUCAGCAGCAGGAGAGCUCUCGUACCUCUCUCCCUACGUGGAUUCACACCACGGCAACCCUCGUGCUUCAAAGCUGGUCUCUCGGGGUCGGGAGGGAACGGACCCAUGGACACAUCUGUCCCCUGGGGAGCGUUACCUCCUUUGUGCGCAACCCCACAGCAACGGUCGCUGUCUGCCUCCGACAACGCACUGACCCACCUGGGCUCUGUAGUCUGGUCCAGCCUGACUCGUAGAGGUGGAGCGGCCGCUUGACUUCGCUGCUUUGCUCAUCAAGGCUAAUUAAUUUGAAAAAAGCUUCCCUGUCCUGUCCGGGUGCUCCUUCUCCUCCCUGCCGCACCUGUUAGGGCAAAGGGGUUCCAGUCCCUGUCCUCAGUCCCACCGCGUCAUUGCAAAUCACCCCUCUUAAAAUGGGUGUAUUUAAAAAGCUUCCAACAAAGCCUGUCCCUAACCCAUGGAAGGAAGCGAGGAAGAAGGACGUUGUGUUUAUGCUGUGUUUUUUAUUUUUUAAAUUAAUUAUAUUAUUUAAAGGAGUGGAUACAACCAUCAAUACUGGUCCUUGCAGUGUAAUUUUGGAUUCCCUGCCCCACCCCCCCCAAAAAAAAACCAAAACAAAAAUAAAAACAAGAAGUGAAUUUCUGCAUGGAGAUGAACCCAGCUCAGUGCUUGGGGGAGGAAAAAAUAAAUUAAAAAAAAAAACAAACCCACAACAGUAAAAAGCUAUUUUCAUGGUGCUGUCUGAUAAAAAGAAAUUUAAAGGGGCACCAGUCUUUGCUUUUUAGUUUUCUUAAAAAGCAGAGGUGUGCCCCCUGGUGCUGAGCCGGCAGCCUGUAUAAUGUUUUGUAAGUAAUUUCUAAAGUUGUAUUGUAAUAUAUCAUCUAUAAUUUUGCUGCUUUUUGGGGGUUUGUUA